UAAACACACAAUCCAGAUUCUGACUCCUCCCUUUAGAUUCUCAUUAUUAUAAUCAUGAUAUUACUAUUUAAGUGAAUCUACAGUAUCUCCAUUUGAGAUAGAACACUUGUUAAACCCACACACCACCUCUGAAGUUUCCUGGAAGCUGCACUUACAGAAGCCUUGAGAUAUUAUAAAAACAUGUACACGCUUUAUCUGCUGUUUUGAUAUGAUACUAAUCCACACCUUUAAAUAUAACUGCAGACUUUGUUAACAUUCCAACAUCAUAAUCCAAGCAGACAAAUUACAAAAAAGGUCUUUGCUUCUGUGUGUGUUAUGUCUGGUCUUAGUAAUUCCAGUAACAAUGCGCGAUAUGAUGGUCAAGCCGGUAUACCCUCUGUCUACAGAGGAGUCCGUAAGAGGAAAUGGGGCAAAUGGGUGUCUGAAAUCCGCGAACCGGGGACCAAGAACCGUAUCUGGCUAGGUAGUUUCGAGACUCCUGAAAUGGCUGCAACCGCCUAUGACGUUGCAGCAUUCCAUUUCAGGGGAGGAGAGGCUCGUCUCAACUUCCCUGAGCUCGUCGGCAGCCUGCCACGUCCUGCAGACUCGAGCUCGGACAGCAUUCGCAUGGCGGCUCAUGAGGCAGCACUCUGUCUCAGAACAGAACCGGUGGAGUCAGCCAUGCAUGUGGACACUUCGAGCUCUUCCAACGCAGGUCCAACGAUGGUCAGGCUCUCGCCCAGAGAAAUUCAAGCGAUCAACGAGUCAACUUUGGGGUCUCCUACCAUGUCGAUGCAUUCAACAGAUGACUACUCAAUGGGGUUUGCUAAUUAUAUGGGGAUGAGUGCUUGGGAUACAUACCAUACUGACUCUCUUUGGGACGCUUAAAACCACGAGAGUUUCUACAGCUCAAUAUUGAGUUCAUAACAGCUUAAGUUACUAGCCUAGAAUGCUUAAGUAUUAGGGUUUAGUUUCUAGAAUCAAGAACAAGGGUUGUUGAUUCUGACGUUAUAGCAAAGAAUAAAGUUUAUCUGAGUUAUGGAGGGAAGGACACUUGUAUUCUUCAAAAGGAACAGAUGAGCUUGAUGGGUCCCAGAUAUGGACCUCUUCACCAAUAGUUUCAAAUUAAAUAGUUUGUUACUAAUAUGACACACAGCUUCUAUUUAAUAAGCUGUGUUAAAGAUUGUGAGGUGUGACUAAUUUUUUAUUUUUUAUUUAUUUUCAGUUGUUUAUUACCUAUUUUGCUUAUGUAAUUCAAUAUGAAUUGUAGUUUAGUAACCUGGAUUUGGUUUGGUAUAUGUAUGGAUUCCUGAAAACUAUAAUAUAUUUUUUUAUUCUAA